AUGGGUCUGAACCACCCACACCAGGCCCAGUACAGCGGCGUACAACAAAAAGACGACGAUGACGACUAUCAUCCCCACCUACCUGUCUCAAGCUCCUCUCGGACCCAAGCCAACGACGACCACCAACCAUCAGAAGAUGAAGAAGCCCAACUGCUAUCGACAGAAGACUACAUUGAGCAAUUCGAACUUGACGACAACACCGACACAUCGUCGCCACCUAUCGUGACGACCAAACACUCAAAAUCUAAUUCCAAAUCCCGACUCUCCCCAAUCUACCGCCUCUUCACCUUCCUCUCUGGCUCCUCCCAUCCCCACCGGCAAACCCUCACCCCUUUCCUGCUUCCGUCAAUCCAAUCCCUUCCCCGCCUUACACUAGAACGCCUCCUUUCCCAUCCAUGGCAGCGUGCCGCUCUGUUAUCUAUUGGUAUACUCCUUUGGCUCACCAUUCUUUCUGUUUCCCUGGUUCAGUCCAAGGGUACUCUCCUCUACUCGGACGGAGAGGGGGGAGGAGAGGUAGUCAGACACCUAGACUGCGUCUCAACCUUUUGGGGACCAGGCAACGAGUGCGGCGUCGACGGCGAGCGGUGCAAGCCCUUUGGGAACGUCAGCUUUGCGUUUCGUUGCCCGGCGGAUUGCAGACAGGUUCAGGUGCUGAAUCCGAGGUGGGUUGGGGGGCAGGAGGUGGUUUAUAAGCCUUGGGUAAUCGGUGGUGGGGAUAAUGGGGAUGGUUCUGUUGUUGGUGAUGUAACUGCUGCCGGCACGGAGACGACGGAGAUGGGGACGGAGACGAGGGUAUACAGAGGUGACUCCUUCAUUUGCCAAGCAGCGAUGCACGCCGGUGUCAUCUCCGAUUCGAAAGGCGGGUGCGGCGUGGUCAAGCUAGUGGGAGAAUACUACUCCUUCUUCGGCGGAGAAGGAGGCGAAGGCAUCUCGAGUCUAGGAUUCGACUCGUACUUUCCCAUGGGCUUCACCAUCCAUCCGGCCUUAACUGGCCCGGGAAAAUGUCCCCAAAUGGAAAUGAAAACAGCCCGCUCCCUAGCCCCAACCAUCCUCCUCACCUUUCUGGUAUCCCUCCUAACCACCUCCGCCACAACCCUCUGGUUCACCAGCUUCAUCGCUGUCUUCGCCCACGUCGGCCUCAUCUCCGACCCGCCCAAUGUCUCCGGCCCCUCCAACACCAUCCUCCCCCAACUAAUAUCAAUUUUAUUCGAGCGCUUGCUUCCCGCAACCUUCACUUCCGCCGUUUUGUUUUGGACCUGUUCGCGCUCCACAAACCUCCGCGCUAUCCCCCCUUCAGCAAACCUCGAAAAAACAGUCCUCUGGCUUGGCAGCCUAUGGAUAGGCGCCCUCUCCAACUUCACCCUCGAGUCCUGGAUUCCCCUCUCCCGUCUAAGCGCGCACGACCUUUCCCACCAACCGGGCGCGGUGGCAGCUCUCGUCGCGAUCGUGGCCGUUUUGUGCGUGACUAUCGCCUACCAGGCCUACUCUUUCUGGCUUGAGGGCAGGGUUCCUCCUUACCUCGCCCUCUACGGUGUGUUGCUGGCCGGCAUCGCUGUCGGCGCGGUAAUUUCCGUGACGGGGUUAGGAGCGCUGGAGCUGCGAAUCCAUCACUACGUCCUUGCCCUACUACUACUACCGCUGACGAGUAUCCAGACGCGUCCGGCGCUGGCGUAUCAGGGGUUACUUUUGGGGUUGUUCAUCAAUGGGAUUGCGCGGUGGGGGUUUGACUCGGUGAUUCAGACGGCGGAGGCGUUGAGGGGGGAUGAUGGAUUGUUGGGGUCAAGCUUCGUGCCCUUGGUGGAUGGGCAGCCGUUGGUUUAUCUUAGUGAAGCUCUGGUUGAAACGCCGGAGCUCUGGAGUAUCGCUUUUAAGUGGAAGGGGAUUAAUGAGACGAUAGAGACGUUGGUACCCCAGAUACACGAAAAGGGAAGGGAAGAGGCGGAGAGAUUGUGGGGGUUGAGUGUUAUGGUUAAUGAUGUGGAGAGGCAUAGAAGUUUUUUUGCGGAGGAAGCGCUGGAGGAUCAGGUGUUUAGGUGGGAGAGAGAUCCAAGAGUGGUGAUGACGCCGGAGUAUUUCCGGUUUGCUUUCUUGGGCGAGGAUGGUAGGAGUCUGGAUUACUCGGGGGCUGGGACAUGGUUUGGAAAUGGAACUUGGAGCUCUGGUCCGGGGUUUUAUUGAGGCAUGCCGAUAUUUGAAUGAUCAGCACAGCGAUGGUA